AUGUACAAAGCGGUCUUCCUGUGGACGCUGCUGUACGGAGCAGAGACCUGGACGGUAUACAAGAAUCAGGCGCGCAGACUCAAUCACUUCCACCUCAGCUGUUUUCGACGGAUACAGAAGCUGAGGUGGCAGGACCUGAUCCCAGUCACGGAUGUACGGGAGCGGACGGAAAUCCACAGCACCUACGCCUUGUUGAGACGGCUACAACUGCUUUGGGGCGGCCAUCUGGUGCGGAUCGGUGGCGAGUCGAGAUCUGAACGAAUCUUCUGCGAAAAUUUCGUUAUGGGUUCCUACCGACAUGGAUACCAAGACCAUCGCUACAAUGACAAUCUGAAGAUCUCCCUGAAGCGUCUGCAGAUCAGUGCAUCCAACUGGGAAGACCUCGACCGAGACCGACAGACCUGGAGGGGUGGGUGAAAGCAGACGCAGCGGUCUACGAAGCUAACCGCAUCGCCGCCGCUAAAGUCAAACGCAAGACUCGCAAAUCUCAACUGCGCCCACCUCGCAACGCCAACGCUCUACCGCCGCCGAACUGACCACGCUUCUGCGGAUGUUUCGAGCACCAAUCGGCCUUAUUGGACAUCUUCGUACCAACUGCAGCAUCCGGACUACACCGGCUGCUGUCUCCCCAUCUAAAUCUAUCUCAACCCUCACACCGAAAACUAACACUGACCGCACUCAUGAACCCCUAUCACCAUCAUCCUCAUUCUCCAUUGCCUCAGCAUCCGCUACGGCGGCUCCUGUACCCACCACCACUGCACACAAUCCUGGCACACCAUCAAUCAUCAACCUCCUCAGUGUCUACGCCAGCAAUGUGAACUCGAUCCAUACCUGUCCUAAUUGCGACCACACCUUUGCCUCACAUAUCGGUCUGCUCGGUCACUUACGAAUCCAUCGCACAGAGACUGGCUAACCAGUGCCUGUAGCACCAACCUACACUCGCGCCAUUCCUCUUCACUGCCCACAUAGCCCCCACAGAUCCAUUCAUAGCAUGGACCUAUCCGGGCAUAUACGCAGUCGUCCUAGUGUUGUGUGUUUGCGUUGGGCGGCCGAAUGGUUGUCUAAUCGUCAGUUUGCAUUGGCUCCUUCCUAAUGUGGCAUUUAUGGCACUGCCACUCCGUGGAAUCCGAGCCGGGGUGACCACAUAUCUAGGUGUGCUAUCGGCCGCGUCAGCCCAUUCUGUUGUUGUUAAUUAAAUCCUGGUCAAGUGUGUGCUGUCGACCAGGGAGUAUGGAGUAGAGCGCCAGGGUGCGGGCCCGAUAUUGCCAUCCACCUGCACCCCCCCCCGCCUCCAGUCUUCUCGACUAUGUCCUGACACCGCGUCCAGGUGGGAGAGGAGGAGAGAGUGCGGUAGAUGCAAUGCAAGCCUACACUCACUAUAAACUAAAUCACGCACAAGCCCCCCUCCUGCCCUCUCCUUGCUGUGGAGCACACGGUGGACAUCGUCGGCAAUGACCGUCGCAGCAUCGCAUGUGCAAAACGAAGCAGACCACAUAUUCAUUCCGAUGGGCACACUUCGUCAUCGUCACAGGCACUGUCGGUCCUCAGGAUCCCAAGGCAAUCAUGCAUAGCAGACGUCCAUGAUGCAGUUCAUUAAAUGAUUGUCAUCGGGUAAAGUGAAAUCUGACUAGAUCCAAUCCCCGGAAUGCGCAUAUGCAAAUGGUCAUAUUUCCCUUGCUCACGUUGGUACCCAAACCUCAAAAAACUAUAAUCAGUUAGGGAUAAAAUAGUAGGAUAGUAGUUCUCAUGUCUUUGUACUUGGGCCGACGCCACAUCGCUGAUUGGAAUAACAUAGGGUUAUGCAGUUGACGACACCUCGAUCCGGGAAAGCCUUCGUUAUCCCCUUGGCACAUCUCUUACCUCCGUUCUGUUUCACGGCCCUUUAAUUCCUCCGUGUUAAAUCCUUUAAAUUUGUGUAAUUUGGUUGGAUUUGGUUUUGCAGGAGUUAUACCCACAAUAACUGCCCGAAUUUGAGCACGGAAGUCGUCUGAUGCGAGCAUUUGCUGUAUAUUCAGGUGGCUCGUGUUCUACUCCAGGAUCACUAAAAUACGCGCAGACGCUCGCCAUUGAAGGAGUUCUUGGUGGUGACGGCGGCACUAAGAAGCUGUUUUAUCCGGACUACUGCUUCUUACUAGGAACCUCAAAAUGGGUCCGCGGCCCAGAGAUCGCCAAUGGCUUUAGGAAAUCUUCUGAACUCUUCACGUUUCGCCCUUGGUGAAUUCUGCUCUCGAAAACGGCGAAUUCGAUUUCCAGCAUACCUACACUGCAUUCCGUAGGGAUAGCCAUACGAUGGGGUUUACAUCUGCCCAUCCCUGCAGAUUGCUGGAAGUAAUAUGGACAUACAGUUUUGUUUGUGAGCUCCAGCCUACGAUUCUCCAAGUCGGUAUCCCGGUGUGUGGUGGUGCAAAAAUUCAGGAGGGGGAUGAGAUGGCGGUGGUCGUAGAGUUGAAGGAGGAGGAGGAGGAGGAGGAGGAGGAGGAGGAGGAGCAAGAUUAA